CACUUAGAGGAUGAAUAAGUUCUGGGGAUCUAACAGACAGCACAGUGAUUAUAGUUAAUAAUACUGUACUGAUUGUAUACUGCAAAUUUACUAAGAGUAGAACUUACUUAUUCUCACCACCACUGCCCCCUAAAAAGGUAACUAUGUGAGGUGAGAUGAUGGAUGGGUUAAUUAGCCUGAUUGUGGCAAUCAUUUCAUGAUGUAAAGGUCUACCAAAUCACCAUGUUGUGCACCUUAAAAAUAUACGAUUUUUAUCUGUCAAUUAUAUCUCAAUAAAGCUGGAAUAAAAAGAGAAAACUGUUAGUAACAUAUAAAUGCUCCUUGAAAUUAAAAACACAAUUUUCCUAGCUAAAGGUGAUAAAUGGCCCAAGUAUCAUUUCACUUUUGAUAUGUAUAUGAUAUAUGCAUGUGUGUGUUUCCCAUACACACACUCCCGCAUGCAUGCACACAUAUAUGAAUUUAAUUUUUAUUUCUUUCAAAGAGCCAUAUCUAGGGUAAAGUAAAGUGAGUCCGGCUGUUUUGUAUAUCAAGAUUAGGAGAAGAACUUUUAUUGUUAGCUUUGACAGAAUGUAUGUGAUUAUUAGUGAUGUCUUUUUUUAGAAAAUUGUAAAUUACAGGAAUGCUGUGCAGGAAGAAAGAAAUGAAGCGUACAGUAGUUAUUUAGGUUUACAAGAUUGACAAUGAUUCUUUUUCUUUACAGAAGUUUCAGUACUUACCGCAGAAAGCUGUAAUUGUUGGCUGCUUUAGAUGCCCUGAGCUAUUUGGGAUGUGGGAAGAUGCGUGCUAUAAAUGUUUUACUCCUAUAAUUGUCGUCACUUCAGAAUGGUUCAAUUAUAGCUGUUCUGUCAGAGAGGUGCACGAAGAAAUGAUUUCUGGCAGCAUUCUGUAAUGAUGACCGUUCAGUUUUUAAAAAUUGCAAAUGUGAAGGCAAUGAACCCAUUUUUGUUACUGGACCCUAGCAUGGUUCCUGAAGUGCCCUGUUUCUGCGUCUCAGACAGUAGUCCAAGCAGAGACUGUGAUGGAGUAACUAGCAGAGAGUAGUUGUUUUGGUGGCUGGGUGGGAGAGCUUCUCAGGGCAUGCUUAUGCUAUUUGGAUUUAUGGUUCUGAACUCAUGACGUGAGACAUGAAGACAUUAACUAAGCCAGAUCGUCAUGCUCAUAUGUGUGAGGACAGGUAAUCAGGGGGUGGGGUUUAUCCUCAUCCCAACUCAUGUUCUGUGACAUAGGCCACAUCACCUCCCUCUCUGAGUGUCUUAUAAUAGCAUGGUCACCUCUAAGGCUGCUUAGAUUCUGUGGCAAUGCGACACUCACGGAGGGAACCAAUGUAAAGUGGAUAAUUUUUAGGAAUCUAGGCCAGAGCAUUAUCUUGGGAACCAAAUGCCUUAGUGGGUUGUGCGGGUAGUGCAAGAUUCUAAAAUAACUCUUGAUUGCUCACAUGGCACGCCCUUUGUAAAGCUGUUAAAGAUUGUCUCAUCAGCAUUAGAAGACUAGGGGAUUGAACAUUUGGUUGGAGGUGGGUUGGCUUGUAUACUUACUUGUGCCUAAUCAAUUUUUGUGCUUAUAGCUCAUAGCUUAAUUCUGAAAUUAGGUUUGAGGAUUUUGGAUAUCACUGGGCUUGUUCUUUUUGCCAAUGCGGGAUUGACUGCCCAACAAAAGCCAGGUGCCAGGCUCCAGUCAGACUUAAAUGGACUCUAACUGAUGAUUAAUGGGAUUUCAGUGGGAAAGAAAGGUGAGCUUCUUUUCACUUGGAUUGUUUUAUUAAGUGUGAAAUAGCUAAGCAUCCUUUUAUAUUGAUCAGACAUAAUGUGACUGUUCUAAAGGAUUUAUUUCUUUGAUGUACCUGGAUUGUGCUUCUCAAAAGGAGUAGAUUGGACCCAUGGUUUUCUCUUCUAGACUGCCAACUUCUGAUGUGUGGAGAUUGCUCUGUAAAAUGACCCCCCUUCUCUGCAAGAUUCUUCUGUUUUCACAGGGGCUGUCAAAGCCCAAGUAAAGAAAAGAUUUGCUGUGGAAGGGUCUUUGAGAAGGCUUGGGAGAAUUGUUUGUGCUUUAACAUGGUUUAGCAUGUGGGAGUUAUCAGCUGUCCCCAUCUCCAUCUUUGGCUGGUUGCCUGCAAGUCCCUAUACAUAGCAGUUUACAAUACAGCAGAGUAUGCAAAAGCCUUGUUAUCUCCCAGAAAUGUACAACUGAUGUGGGGCUGCACCCAAAUGACUUUCCCAAGGACAGGAUAUCUGGUCUAACUACUUUAAAAAAUUGCAUAAUCCUAUAGGGAGCCCUCACUAACUAAUGCAAUAAUUAUCUAGGCGUGGAGCCAACUUCCUGCAAUUACAUCAGAACAAACGUGCGGCCAUGUUUCUGUUUAUGUGUGUCUCUUGGCAUCUUGAAUUAAUAUUUUAUCGUAUUUCAUUAAGAAAAAAAAUAAGCCAGAGAAGCCUUGGAGGCAAGAUUGUUGGAAUUACCUAUUGUGUAAGGUUAGGAAACUUCUAUGAGACUUCUUCCAUCUUGACAAAAUUUCACACUGCUGAAAACAAUUCAUAUUUACCUCAGCUUUCAGUAGAGGCAAGUGUUUUCUUGAGGUUUGUGCUUUAGAAAAACAUGACCACAUGAGAUGUUAUCUUUAGCUACUUAAUUUUUUCUUUUUACUCAUCUGUGUCUAUGUAAAAAUACCAUUUUAGAAAGUGUAAUUAAUUAUUAUUAUUAUUAUUUUGGCUGAAUGCAGAGUAGAUUAACAAGGCUCAAAAUCUACAAGUUGGUAAGCCUUAAUUGGCGGCUGUUACUUCAGCAGGAUGCUGUUUAUUUUAUGUGUAACUUUGGUUGUAUAUUGAUAAUGUAACAGCGUUUGGAAUUUUGCCUAAUAAAAUUCAAAAACAACUAGGAAGAUUUAAGCUUUGUUUCUUUCUCUUAGUCAUAGUCAAAUGACUCGAUAUUGUCCUUCUCAGUAGGAGAACUGAGUUGUUUUAACUUCUAUAUUUCAAUCUGAAAACUAAGAACUCUUGGUCUCGGUAGUUGCUCCCCAAGGGUGACAGGCUGAUGCUGUCAGUGGGCUUCUUCCAAAGGCCACUUCUUGGUGGAUUCCAGGCCUGGCUAAUGGAAGAAGAUCUGAGGUCCUAUGCGUGUUUCAGAAAGGAGUCUUGUCUUGGGUGAGCGGUAAAGGAGGAGUGGGUUGUUAGGAGAGAGAGAAGGAGUUUGUAAUCAGGAGCUGCAGGUACUGCUGUCAUGGGUCAUCAGGUCAUCAGGUAUCACGUAGGCACCAUUAUUCCUCUCCCAGAGUAAUCAAGGCGUGUCUUUGCACUGUCCUGAGUCUUGAGUGUGCCAGGAAGGACAAAGCUAGUCCCAGGUAGCAAGAGUUGCUGUUAUGUGGUGUCAUUUUUUAGAGGGUCUGGGAGAUAGCUGACAGUCUUGACUGAAGCAUCUCUGAAACACGUUCUGGUAUGAGGCAGCAGAAACACCUUCUUAGAUAUACUUAGAUUUACAUGCGUGCUUCCUUUUUACUUUAGCAAGUGGUAGGGCAAGGUCUCAGCUGCACUGAAGCAUGAAGCUCUGAACUAAUCUUCACUCCCUUUGGAAUACAGUGGCUGGGGUUGGUGUUAAUUUCAAAACUUUGCAUAUUCAAGAAAAGCAAUUUUGUAAGUUCCCCAUGUUUAAAAAUCUAUCCCAUUCCUCUGUUUCCCGGAAGUAGGAAUCCAGUGAGAAAUCUUUGUUACCUGCCGAUACUUUACUCCCACUGUGCAUACAGUUAUUAUUAAAUUCAGUACAAAAUUACUCUAAAUAUUUUUUCUAGACAACUAUCAGAUAAUCCUUUUAUAAUCUCUCUAAAAUUUAGCAUAAUGUUGGGUAAUCUAGAAAUGUCAAUAGGCCAUUUUACCACUGGAUUUAUGUGUUUUCUGGCGAAUGGCUGAUUACAAAAGCUUUACCUGUAGAUUGUCUGUUCUAUUUACCUCUUUUCCUUCAUUCCUCACAAAGGAUUGCUUCACAUAUUGGUCGUCAGACUCCAUGGCAAAACAUCCACAGUGCAGGCUACAGGUUGAUUGUAUGGGCUCCAAACUAGGGAUCCCACUCGGGGCUAUGUCAAUGUUCUGACUUUGGUUUAGAACCUUGCUACUCAGAGUGUGAUAUGUGGACAGCAUGGCACCACCUGCGGGCUUCUUAGAAUGCAAAAUUGUGAUUUUCCUCCCAAGCACUGACUGAGAAGACUUUUGAAAGAGGUCAGGUGAUUGUGAAUCUCCAAAGAUUAAAAACUGCUGUGAUAGAACCUCAGCGAGUGAGCCUUCAGCACCAUGAAAUACCAUCCAGGAUGGGCUCGGGCUCCUGGUGGAAUGUGGGGCAUUAUUCCAACUCCGUUCUUUGAAUGCUUGUAUUGGGCACAGCAGACCAGGCUUUUCUAUGAACAGAAAUGAGCCUUUGUAGAGAUGCCUUGUAGUCCACCUCUGGAAAGCAUUCCUUAAUGUUCUCUGGUCUGUUUGGGAUACCAUGUAAAUAAGAAUUUGUGUUUUCUUUGUAUCUCUGGAAAUGCUAGUAAAAAUAAGUUUCCCAAUGGUUGCUGAAUCCCCUUUGUUGUCAUCGUUAAUCGUUUAUUAUGUUGGCAGGUGAAGUAGUGGGGAGAGAGUGGGCUUUGGGACCACUGGAAAUUGGGUUUAAACUCUGGAUUUACCGCUUGUUAGAACUAUGCAGGCUUGAAUGAGUUGCUUAAUCUCUUUGAACCUUAACAUCCUUAAAUGUAAAAUAGGACUGUGAGACAAACUGUUUACAAUCUGUUUGUUUCACUUUGGUUAAAGACUUGACCAAGGACAGAUUUGAGAAGACGAAUCCACCUCACACAAUGCGUGCACCUAAGAAAUGGUAGAAAUGAUCAUGGUCGGUACCAUCUCCUUCUCCUUCUUCUCAUCAUCAUCAACCUCACCAAUACUUAAAGUCGCCAAUGCUGAUUGCUGUGUUUGACGAACAAGAACCACUCCACAAGAUCGAGAGCCCGGGUGGAAACCCUGCAGGUCAGCAGAGCCCAGAGGCUUUUGAAACGGAAGUGGCUGCCCAGCUGGCUGCGUUUAAACCAAUCGGUGGGGAAAUUGAAGUAACCCCUUCUGCUCUGAAAUUAGCUGUCUACAGCUCUGCAAGAUCGGGAGCUUUGUGUGUUCUGUGCGAUGUAUCCAGAGUGCCUAGAAGACUGUCUCGGGUAUUUUACGCAUUCGGCACUCCUCUGCUGGUGAGGAGAAGCAGUGACCCAGCGCCAGGCCCACCUGCUGACGCCCAGCCAAGCGCUUCGCAGCCCAGUGGCCAGAGUCUGAAGCCUGCGAUUCCAGAUUCCACACAGAACUUAGAAGAUGGAGAAGUUAUGAAUGGUGUACAGACAGAACUACUGACAUCGCCGAAAACUAAGGAUGCAUUGAGUGAUAUGACAAGAACAGUGGAGAUUUCUGGGGAAGGAGGCCCCUUGGGAAUACAUGUAGUCCCCUUCUUUUCAUCUCUGAGUGGAAGGAUUCUAGGACUCUUCAUCCGUGGCAUUGAAGAAAACAGCAGGUCCAAGCGGGAGGGCCUGUUUCACGAAAAUGAAUGUAUUGUAAAAAUCAACAAUGUGGACCUCGUAGACAAAACCUUUGCUCAGGCUCAGGAUGUCUUCCGCCAGGCAAUGAAAUCUCCCAGUGUGCUCCUCCAUGUGCUUCCACCUCCAAACCGGGAACAGUAUGAAAAAUCUGUCAUUGGACCUCUCAACAUUUUUGGUAACAAUGAUGGCGUUUUGAGAACGAAGAUGCCGCCUCCUGUCCAUGGAAGAUCAGGAAUAAAGACAGUUCAUCUCACAGGAGCAGGCAGUCCUGGAGAAGAUGCCUCAACUUCCAUUCCACAAAGCAGGAGCCCUCGAGUACCUAGAGGCGGUAGAAAUGCAUCCUCGCCCUCACUCUCCCCUCUCCUGGGGUUUGGCAGCAAGAAAAAUGCAAAGAAAAUUAAGAUUGACCUAAAGAAAGGCCCUGAAGGACUUGGUUUCACUGUUGUUACCAGAGACUCUUCCAUACAUGGUCCUGGUCCCAUUUUUGUAAAAAACAUUUUACCAAAGGGAGCAGCAGUAAAAGAUGGCCGCCUGCAAUCAGGGGACAGAAUCUUGGAGGUAAAUGGCAGAGAUGUCACUGGACGGACUCAGGAGGAGCUUGUGGCCAUGCUGAGGAGCACCAAACAGGGAGAGACAGCAUCACUGGUCAUUGCCCGCCAAGAAGGAGCUUUUCUGCCCCGAGAGCUGAAAGGAGAACCUGACUGCUACGCACUCUCCCUGGAAACAACGGAGCAGCUCACCUUCGAGAUCCCCCUCAAUGACUCAGGUUCUGCUGGCCUCGGGGUGAGCUUGAAAGGGAACAAGUCUCGAGAAACUGGAACAGACUUAGGGAUUUUUAUUAAAUCCGUCAUCCAUGGAGGUGCUGCUUUUAAGGAUGGUCGUCUGCGGGUGAAUGACCAGCUGGUUGCCGUUAAUGGGGAAUCUCUUUUGGGGAAGUCUAACCACGACGCUAUGGAGACACUCAGGCGAUCGAUGUCCAUGGAAGGAAACAUCCGAGGGAUGAUCCAGUUGGUGAUCCUGAGGAGGCCAGAGAGACCACUGGAGGAGCCUGCAGAAUGUGGGGCAUUUUCUAAGCCAUGCUUUGAGAACUCUCAAAACGCUAUACCCACCUCCAGGAGAAAUGAGAAUAGUGCGUUGCAUCCGUUUGGCAUGUACAGUCCACAAGACAGGCAGAAAGAGCCAUCGCUGCCCGGUGACGGAUGGGCCGAGAGUCAAGUACCGCCUUCCCCAUCACCACAUCCCGUUCUGGAACUGGGCCUUGAAGAUUACAGCCACAGCGCUGGAGUGGACUCGGCAGUAGGUUUUCCGGAUCAGCACAUCAACUUCAGAUUGGUGACACCGGCCAGGCAGCCCGAAUCGCUGAAUCUGAAAGCCUCGAAGAGCAUGGACCUGGUACCCGAUGAAAGCAAAGUCCAUUCAUUGGCUGGACACAGAUCGGAAUCUCCGAGCAAAGAUUUCGGUCCGACUCUGGGUUUGAAGAAGUCCAGUUCCUUGGAGAGCCUGCAGACGGCGGUGGCUGAGGUCAGGAAGAACGAGCUGCCGUUCCACAGGCCCCGGCCGCACAUGGUUCGUGGCCGCGGCUGCAACGAGAGCUUCCGAGCGGCCAUUGACAAAUCCUACGACGGGCCCGAGGAGUCGGAAGCUGAUGGUCUGUCUGAUAAGAGCUCUCACUCCGGCCAAGGAGCUGUGAAUUGUGACUCUGCUCCUCAGGGCCACUCUGAGAUAGAGGACGUGGAAAAUAAAGCCAGGAAGGUCAAGAAGCCCAAAGAGAAGGAGAAGAAGAAAGAAAAGGGCAAACUGAAGGUCAAGGAGAAAAAGCAGAAAGAGGACAGUGAAGAUCCAGACAGGAAGAUGAAGAGGAAGGGACUGGGCGCCAUGCUGAGAUUUGGUAAGAAGAAAGAGGAUAAGGGCGGGAAGGCUGAGCAGAAAAACCCUCCACAGCGCAAGCACGGUGGCCUGAGAGACGAGGAGCUGGACACAAUGAGGGAGGAGCGCGCGAGGAUUGGAGCAAAACAUCAGGAGUUAAGGGAAAAGCAGGCAAGAAGUCUUGUUGAUUAUGCUACUGGUGCAAUCGGAUCACUGCAUGAUAUGGACGAUGAUGAAAUGGACCCCAAUUACGCCAGAGUGAACCACUUCCGGGAACCAUGCGCAUCAGCAACUGUCUAUAGGUCUCCAUCUCCCCCACGGACUGGACCACUGGGUUACCCUCGGGAUGGCCGUCCACUGUCUCCAGAGAGAGACCACUUAGAGGGUCUCUAUGCCAAGGUCAACAAGCCUUACCAACCUCCCAUGCCAGUUGACAGUGGCCGUCCCGCCAGCGGAAGCGCUGACCGCAUCCAGAAGUUGCGGAAGGAGUACUACCAGGCUCGGAGGGAGGGCUUCGCUUCCUACGAGGAGGACGACGGAAGAGCAAGGCCGUCCGAUUAUGACCUUCACUGGGUGUCUGGAAUGGGUCCAGAUGGGAGCGCACACAACCUCCGCUUUGAGGGGAUGGAGAGACAGUACGCAUCCCUACCCAGGGGAGGACCAGCCGAUCCUGUUGACUAUCUGACAGCAGCACCUCGAGGGCUCUACAAGGAAAGGGAGCUUCCGUAUUACCCAGGGGCUCACCCUGUGCAUCCUCCCAAAGGGAGCUAUCCCCGGCCUCCAGAUCUGAGGGUCACAGAUCUCCGGUAUCCUCAGUAUUACCCGCCGCCGCCAGCCCCCCAGCACAAAGGACCCUUCCGACAAGACGUGCCGCCUUCCCCUCCUCAGCACCACAGGGUGCCAGCCUAUCCAGAAAUGGGCAGACCAGGGCCCCAUGGGGGCAGCCCAGACCAGUACCCAUACCGCACCCAGGAUCCCCGGCAGAAGGACCCCAUGACUGCAGCCGUAUAGCUGAACCCAGCUCAGCGCAGCCCGGAAAGGAAGAUGUCUACCAUCAUCUUUGCCCUUCCUAGACCUUAAGGGCUUCAUCCUGUUAAGAAUUCUCCAUGGUACCGAUGAGGUUUUUCUCAUUGAGGUUGCAACACUUGACUGCUAAUCACAGGGGAAAGGGAGGGACAGGAGUUUGGGGGGAAAAUCAGGAGGAAGAGAAAAGAUGGGGCCAUAAAAAUAAUACUGCCUGAUAUUUGAAAUACUGUUAGAAUUGUUCAGUUCAGUGAGAAUGGUAAUUGCACAGGCAAAUAACAGCAGAGAUGUACCACAUGGUGCCUCCCCUGCUAGAUUACCUGCGGGGGCACACGUGCCCCACAGGAUGGGCAGCACAGAGGCCAUCUCGUCCAGGAUCAUCAUCCAUUUGGAGGCUGAGCUUCAGCCACAGUAUUAGAGUUGUCAAGUCGAUGGGCAUCUUAAGUGAGUAGGUUUUUCUUUGAAAAAGCAAACACGACUGGUGAUCUCUUUGAAAUGCUUUAUACCUGGAGGAAGACUGUGUCUCUUCAUCUGUGGAAUUUCUCAGGUUCCCGGCACCACUCAUUUGGUAUAAGCAUUUCACAUUUCCUCACUUUUUAUAUAAAAGUAAGAUGCAAAUGCAGUAUUAGUGUCCUGGGAGAAUGUGCAAAGCUAGUCAGAGCCUCCAGAAAGAGUAAGUUCUGAGGGCCCGGGCCAUCAGAUUCCGAGCCUGACGCUCCUGUGGUCCCCACCUUUAUCCUCCCGUGUCCCAGGCAGGACCUCGGGAGACACCUGGUUUGAGUCAUCCCCAAGGCUCCUGCCUGUGGUUACUGUAACUGGGCCUCUGUGUUACGGCUCCCACUUGAGAGCUGAACUGUACUUGAGAAAAAGAGGCCCCGCUGGUUAGGUCGCCCAGGAAGCAGUGUCCUGGAGGUACCGGCUCCAAAUCAGUGCCAAACAGUACCACCUGCACCAGGGCCAGGGAGGGGCUGGCGUGGCCUGUGGAGGCUGACCACCGGCAGGUAGUAGAUGGCAGGGACCGACUCUGUGUGUGUGUGUGUGUGUGUGUAUGUGUGUGUGAAGGCAUGUGAUUACCAGUAUGGAGAGUGGAAGAUAAAAAUGCUUUCUGGAAAGUUGGAUGAGGAAAGGAAUAAAAAGGAAAAAAGAAAACAGAAAGAAGGGAAGGGAGAAGCAGCGUGGAAGGGGGUCAUGCUGUACCUGCUCUGCUUCACUUAGAAAUGUCAGGACAGGACCACGGCCAGGGGCUCCAACUGGGCAAAGAAGGUCUUGGGGCUUUGAAAAGCUGAAACCCCACCCAAAACCCAUCCCCAUUUCUUUUGAGCUUUGCGGCUAAUUUCUACUUAUUACGACAGAACGUCUAAAACUUAUACCCUGACUCAAAAGAGAACGCAGACAAGGGACUGAGAAAGAGCAGGAGCUGGGAGCGGCUCUUGAAAUUAUUGAGUGGCGCCCGAAAUACUUUCAGCCUUUUCACAUUCCCUCUUCACUCCCUCCAAAAAAAAGCAGUCAAGUUCAAUUUAGACAUAUCUUGGCCAAGAUUAGAAUAUCUCUGACUGAUAGGAUCUAAUAAAUUAUCGUAUCAUUGAAUAUAUAGAGUACCCAUCUAGCCCAGUCUAGUCUUAUUUUUUUUAAUUUAAAAUAGAGUUGUUACCAGGAAUGAUGCAACUGCUGAUUUUAGAUGUAAAUGGUGUUAUUUACUGGACUUUGAGAGGCCCCGUUUUCUGAAUGACUGUUUACUUAUGGCCCUCUGGAAAACAGACUGGCAGGUUGCUUUUUGCCCUCUGUCAUCUCUCUUAAGCCAGGACCUUUCGAUUGUUUGCAGUUUGUGCAAAGAGGUUGGGAUCUCGGCCUUGCUCGCCUGGAGGUGGAGUGAGGGAGCUGCGGGAUCUCCCCGCCCAUGUGCUCGAUGCUGCCUCCCCUCACGCUAAGUAAACCUUCAAGCAGAAAAUGACACAUCAAGGGAAGUGUACUUGUUUUGAAGCAUUAACAAUCAGCUCUUCAGUGUGUUCCAUAGUUUAACCAAAGUCCUGCAGACCAGUGAACGUAACUGAGCCAGAAGCUCCUUCUGAAUGAAGGCCAAGGCCACCGGAGGGGCAGUGGGAGCGGUGGGGCACAGUGAGGUAUUCUGUCGUGUCAGAGGAGUGGCCCUUAUAGUGGCCCUUGUGUCCACCCCGCGGCCGCCCUGGGAGGACAAUGCCUCCUGGCUGCAAGCUCGGGGCAAGUCGCUGGAAGCGGAGGGAGACACAGUCAUAAAACAGCUGCGGAUCCUGAGGGCAGCCAAUGAGGUGAGGGUACUAUUGGCGUGGACAAAAGUAGACUAUAGCAGCUUUCUUCUCUUGCUUGGAGUAGAACACAUAUCCCAUUUGACCCUGCCCGCAGGAGGAUGAACUCAGCUGUGCGACAGAGGCUCCAUCAAGCCAAGCAACAACUCAGACCUGCUCAAGUGUGAGCUUUAUAAAUGCCUAUGCCCCAACCCUCCAGGUGUUACCACCCAGAGCUCACAGAGCUCCCUCCCAGUAUUUAGAAGACAAGGCUGUUUAGGAGGUGCCCAGCAGCAGGAAAUAGUCCCGCUUUAUUUAUGGCCUUGGAAAAGCUCAAUCAGGUGUCUCCUCGUAGCUCAGAACGCUGAGAGCCCUCAGGAACAGCGUGGCACGGUGAGUGGCAAACCCAUCCACGCACACGCCCCCUCGACAGAUCUGACCGCUGGGUCAUUUAGGCCUGGAAAUGGUGGCCUCAAGUCACUACAUACUUCAAGGAGCUCUGAUUUUGUCCCUUUCUGCAGGAGUAGAGAGAUGAAAGGGAGCAGAUCACUGAAAACUUUUACAUGCAGGAGAAUUGAGCCCUCGCAGGGAGAGAAGUUCCUGCCGUUCACCCAUGUGCUGUCGGGCGGCGCCCAUCUCUCUCCUGGUUUGACAUUGCUUCCCCACAAUAUCCGAUCAGUGGAUGAAGGCAAGCUCACAGACGAGCAUUUUCUUAAAUCACGAUUGACUAACAAAAAUUGGAAAAAAAUUACUGUGAAGCUCAUAAUUCUUAAGUCUUUAGGUCUAUAUGCAUUGACCCGCACAGGACGGCACACAGCAAAGACCUUACAAUCAAGAGCUUGGUGCGAUCCGUAGACCCACUGUCACCCUGGGGGAAACUCUGUGCGCACUGCCUGAGAGAGGAGAUUUGAGACUUCAUUGUAGCUUUAUUUUUGCCACCAAUUAAAUAAAAUUAAAACGUGAUGCAUUAUUCCUCCCAAAGAUUCGUGAACUUCUUGAACUAACCCUAUUUCCUGAAGGAAAUCCACCUGAUGGUUUUUGGAGUUGUCAUGCCUGGAGAUCAAACUUUUAAAGGGUUUUUCCCCUCACCUGUAACCGCAGAUUCAUUGUCCCCGGAGGAACAUCUUCAUGUUUCAGGGGAUGGAGAGAGCUGGCGAGUCUGGUAUGGAUAGGAGUGUGUGUCUGUAAAGUUCCCAUUGGCGUUAAACUCUGAAAUCCAUAAUGAACAGCCUUCAAAUUGGUGCUAAAUUGGGUAGACGCCCUACCGCUCUCUGAGUCCAUGAGCAACAGCUUGUCCAGAGUUAGCAGAGUUGGGUAGGAGGGAGCUGGAUGCAGAAGCAGCCCGCAGUAUUACGUCUCUGCACUCCCAGUUUGCACCGACUUGGGUGGAAACGAUGCAAUGAGACCAGAAAGAGGAGUCUCCAUAAGAUAUCCCUACAAAGUCGCCGUUCUGAGAAAAAGGAGAAUAAAAGGUAUCUAAAAUAAGCCUAGGCUCUCAUAUGUGGCUAGGACUUCUAAGUGAGAAUCUUUCUCCCUCAGGCCCUUAAAAUAGCCAUAGAAUCACACACAGCCUGAUUUCGAAAGAUAAGCUUAGCCAGGGAGCACGGAGCGGAGCACGAGCCAGCCCCACAGACUGUCUCCUGACUCAGCCCUUUGCGAGUGUUCUGUUCCAUCCAUGCCGACUGCAGUGUGUUUACUACUGGAACAUAAAACAAAACCUGCUGUUUAUAUAGUCACUUUUUCUAGUGUUUUCCUGUGCUUUUAUGAUACCAAGUCUGUUUAUAAGUUCUGGAGAUAAAUUAUGUGAAAUCCUAUUUUGGCAUAUGGGGGUGGAGAAUGGAUUCUUUACAGGCUUUUUAGAUGAUCCCAUUUGUACCACAGAAAACACUUUGGAUGUUGUUAUAUAUGAAUAUAUAAAUUUUUCUUGUUUCAUUUUGCAUUAAAAUAAAGCUUUAUUCAGUCA